AUGGCGGAGACGCAGCCGCGCUCGCCGCCGCCGUCGUGGUCGGCCAUCCCGCUGGACCUGGCGAGCCUGGUGCUCCGCCUCCUCCCCGCGUACGCCGACCGCGCCCUCUUCGCCGCCGUGUGCCCGCAGUGGCGCAACGUCGCGCAGCAGUUCCUCCGCCUGCACCCGCCGCUGCCGCUGCUCGCUCUCCCGGACGGCACCUUCUACAGCCUCCCCUACGCCAAGCCCUUCCGCUUCCCGGGAUUCGGCUUCGCCGGGUACCAGGGCGUCUGCGGCAGCUGGCUCGUCUUCCCGCGCGACGACGGGUGCUUCCUGCAUGACCCGUUCGCCAGGGCCACCGUCAGGCUCCCUCCUCUCUCGCGCGUCCGGCUGCGUCCUCCAAACGCAGUCCAGAAAUGGACAAAAUGGGAAGACGGGGAGCGCUCCCCCGACCCUUACACCACAUGGAUGCAUAUAGAGGACAUGGAAGGGAAGCUGCGCAUGAGCAAGAUAAUAUUGUGCUCCCCCAACCUUGUUGCUGCGCUGGUCGGUGUUGGAAGACCCUGUCACCUUCCAAUAUGCCAUCCAGGAGGCGCCAGUCAGAUUCUAAUGUGCCAGCCGGGGGCCUCGUCGUGGUCAGUACGCGCGUAUGACAAGUGUAAGCUUUACGAAGACAUGGCCUUCUACCAGGGCAAGCUCUAUGCCAUUGCCAAUGAUGAGAACCUCUUUGUGGUGAACAUCAGCCAGCACCAAUGCACCGGGGAUCCACAGGUCUCUCGAGUUGGACAGGUCAUCAAGGGUGAUCCCUGGCAGACAGUUGCGUCCGAAGACGACAAUACGCCCGGCAAGAAGCUCUACCUGGUUGAAUCACGCGGUAAAUUGCUGAUGGUAUGCAGGAAGAUUUGGGUUCCUGAACUUGAAGACGGAGAUUUUUCUUUCGGGAAUGAGUUUGAGGUAUUCGAGGCUGACUUUGCGCAUUCACGGUGGGUGAAGGUGACAACUGUGGGGGAUGACCAGGUGCUGUUUCUUGGGAGAAGGUGCUCCAGGGCUGUCUCUGUGUCUCAGUAUGGGUUGCCCGGUGAUCACAUCUUUUUCUUGGAUGAUGACGAAGUGAAUCGUGUGAAAUACGGCUAUGAUGAGAACACCUUUUGCAGUGCCUAUAACAUGAGAGACGGCAAGGUCUCUUCCCCUCAUCCAAUGAUCUCCUGGAAACGUUGUGAUGAGAUGUGUCUUGCAGCAUGGCUCUUCCCUCAGGACUGA